AUGAAUUUGCAGGAUAAGUUGCCAAAAGCAUGGCGUCGCAAGAGAUGGUUCUGGGGUUUAUUAGGAGCCAUUCUGCUCGUUGUGAUUAUUGUCAUUGUUGUUCCAAUCGCAGUGAUCUUUUCAAGAAAAAACCACAAGACAACUUACGGCGCCAUGCUCAUCGUACCUCUUUACAUCUAUCCCACGGAUGCCUCUACGUGGCAGCCGCUCUACAAUGCGGUUGAAUCGAGGUCUUCGCUCAACUUUACCGUUGUUGUAAACCCUGCCAGCGGCCCGGGAACCGACUUGGUUCCGGAUGAACAAUACUAUUCCGCCAUCCAGAAGCUCAACUCGUACAGCAAUGUUCAGACUGUGGGAUAUGUACGAACUGGGUACGCCACAAGAGACAUUGACACUGUCAUUGAAGAGGUCAAGACCUAUGCCGGCUGGUCUUCAAACUCCACCUCCAUUGCCAUGAACGGUAUCUUCUUUGACGAGUCUCCUCACGAGUAUUCUGAAGAUGCCGUCGAGUACAUGAAGAACAUUAGCUCCGAAGUCAAGGGCGCCGACGGUCUUUUCGGGGAUAAGACGGUCAUCCGAAACCCAGGCACUGUACCAGACUCCAGAUACGCCGACGACAAUGUCGACAUCAUCGUUGUAUUCGAGGACAACUAUGAUGCAUGGCAAAGCCGGAGUGCCGAUGUCGAGGCCGCGCCUGAUGACAGGAGCGAGAAGAGCAUCAUGAUCAACUCGGUUCCGGAAAUGAGCGAUGAUGACAUGAAGACUUUUGUAAACGAUGUUGCCAGUCUUGGAGAACACUUGUUCAUCACGAGCAACGACGCAAACUUUUACGAGUCUUGGGCUUCGGAUUGGAGCAACUUUGUCGAUGCCACACAGUCGACGAAUUAG